CCCACAAUGUAGUUGUGCGUUAAUGACAAACACACACCAUAUAUUUUCUCAAUGACAAAGACAAUCCCCACAAGCUGUAUCACUACAUUUUUGGUACGAUAUACAUUGACAGCAUAAAUAAUUUCUUUUUACUAGUUAACAUUUUUCUUCAUAUAAUCGCAUCAUACUCGCCGGCCCCUCAUCUUCUCAUCAUAUUAAAGGAGCGCGGCUCUGUAUGAGGCUCGUACUGCAGAGCAAGCGGAAGAAAACGUAAGGUCGCGCGUUAGGAACACACUCACAAUCUAUAUCGGAAGAAGCUCAACUCUCAGCUCUGUUUCGGAAAUGGCAUACACCGCUGUCAAUCGAAUUCCCUACCAGAAACUCAAACAAGAUAGCAGCUACUUCGAAGAUGAAGAUAUUGAUUUAAUACACCUGAGAGAAAAGGUGAUUGGGAAGCUUAGGAGAAAGCCGUCUUCGUUCUGGAACAUCAAGUUCAGAAAAGUGCAUCUGAGGAAGCGAUUGAGGAGGAUUAAGGUACCCAGCUUGAAGAAAUUCUUAAGGAGAAAAUCUAGAUUAAUCGUGGCCGCACUGGAUAAAAUUUUGAAGAGGUUGAAGGAAAGCCAGUCACAUUUUGGGGAUCUUUUUGCUGGGAAUUACAUGUUUAUGCAGGUCUCUCCGACUCCAUUGAAAAUUUGUGCCCAAAAUCCCAAAUCUCUCCAUCUGAAAACUGUCACCAGAGCUGAUUACCUGCCUAAUGGAUUCUCAUCAGUAGGUUCCGCUAGGUAUUACGAUUAGUAGUUAUCAUUCGUUUUAGCAUCCAUUAAUUUCCUUGCAUGCGUUUUGUUCUUCAAGUAUCGGCAGAUUAUUUGGAUUUUAUGGUAAAAGCUUUGCAUUUGGCUGA